AUGCGCUUCGCUCAGUCGCUUCUCGUCGCGCUCCCUGCGCUCGCCGUCGCCCAGGAGCAGGUCCCUCUGGCCGAUAGGGUCAAGGGCUGGUUCAACAAGGCGCAGAACUAUGUAACUGAGUCCGUUCCUGCUGUCACGGCGCCUGUUGACGCCGGCGCCGCCAAGGUCGCUGAGGUCGUCGUCGAGCCGUUGACGCUCGAGAACUGGCGCUCCGUCAUCAACUCCAGCAACGUCGCGACCGUGGAUGGUCCCGAGGAGUGGAUGGUUUUCCUUACCGGCGGCAACAAGACCUGCUUCGGUCUUUGCGGCAACGUGACUGAGGCCUGGAACAAAUCCGCGCCCAUUAUUGCCGCAUCCCCGAGCCCGCCCAAGCUGGCCACGAUCGACUGCGACGAGGAGGGCAUCCUUUGCAACACCUGGGCCGCUAGCCCGCCUUCCAUCGUCCACAUGCUCCUCCCGGCUCCUCUCCCCGACCAGUCCAAGCCCGCCACGACGGUUCGCUACAUUCCGCUGAACAGGACCAGCACCACGGCCAAGGACAUUGCCGAGAUUCACAGUCUGAAGAAGUACGAGGAGGUUACACCCUACGAGGGUGUCUUCCACCCCUUCGACGGCGCUCUCGUCCAGUACGGCGUUUCCGUCCCGGCCGCCUACUUCUUCUACUACUUCUCCAAGAUGCCCAGCUGGCUGCCCAUGGUCGCCAUCUCGCUUCUGAGCAGGACCUUCAUGUGA